AUGGAACAUAAAUCUUACAGGGCAAUGAGGGAGUUGAAUAUGGAUGCCACAACAACAAGACAUCAUAGGUCUUUGGAGCUGAAUGAGAUGGACGAGUUUCAUAAUGAGUCCAACGAGAACGCUAAGAUCUAUAAAGAUCAUACUAAGGCUUGGCAUGAUAAAAAUCUUGUUCACAAGGAGUUUCAACUUGGACAGCGGGUGUUAUUGUUCAAUUCUAGGUUAAAGUUGUUCCUAGGAAAAUUGAAGUCGAGAAGGUCAGGGCCAUUUACUAUGGUUAAAGUAUUUCCCUAUGGGGCAAUGGAGUUGCAAGGAAAGGGUCAAGAGACAUUUAGGGUGAACGGGCAGAGAGUAAAGCCAUAUAUGGGUGGUCCUAUUGAUCCAGUCAAGACCAUCAUCCAGCUACAACCUUUGUGA